GCACAGUCACUUCAGUUCAGUUUCAUCUGAGUAACACUUCAGAUUCCAUCCAACUCAACAUUCUUGAUCGCUCACCGACUGGUAAUUGGAACAAAAAGACGCAAUCCCAUCGGCAGUCUAGCGACCCAACAUCAGGCCGUGGUUAAUACCCAUUACCUUAAAGGUACCUUGCCUCUUGGUUUCCUACCAUCAAGAGCUCCUAGUACCAGCCAAGGUGGAAGCUACCUACCUACCUAGAGGCUAAAAAAGGCGGGACUCCAGCUCGCGCUCUUGUUGGGUCAUUCAGGUUGUUGCCCACCAAGACAUUGUGCAGGUGUUGGGCUUCAAGUGUCAUCCAUAUCACGUCCCGUCAGCCAGCUACAACUGCCCAUCAUCAUCGUCAUCAUCGUCAAACACCUCAAGGUCAUCGUCCGUCCGGCGCAUGUACACAUCGACUCUGGCCUCUGGUACGAACUGCAGCCACCAAGCUUCAACCAACCGCGACCGCCCAAACCGACUCGUCAACUGCCCGAUCGUCCGAACCCUCAAACCAGCUACAGGCAACUCUACCUACCGUGAGCCCCUCGACGGUACGACGUGACUACACGGUACUGGCCCGACUCGCCCGAUUCGGUUCAAGUUUGCCCAUCGUCAACAAGGGCUUAGGUUGCGCUCCAUCAAUCGCACCCCGGCCUCCCAUCUGCGUAGCUGCCUAGUAGCUGGCCGUAGAGGUACCCGGCCUGCCCUGCCGUCGCGUCCCAUCCUGCGAUUGGCACCAGGCACUUUAUGUACAGGUAGCAGUCGACACCUGCUUCUGUAAGGCACACCAACGGCCGCGGGACCCCCGACGACCAGGAGCCCAUGUCCCCCUCGCCUGGAGAUGAUGUUCCCCACCCGGAGACGACCAAGAGUGCAUCUGGAGGGCUUGCCAGCGUCUUCAAGGGGUUGGCUGGCGGAAAGCUAACCAAGUCACCACCCCCUCUCCAACCGCCCAUGGCCACCAUGACGACUGUUGCUUCUCAGCCCUCUCGCGAUCGCUUCGAUGACUUGCCCGUCACGCCCGUCUUGCGUGGCCUCCCCCCGGAGCACAUGGAGCAUUUUGCGCGGUUGAAGACGGGGCAGUUGAACGACCGCAUUGCCGGAGCAAAUGCUCUUCGUUAUGCGAUUACCGACUAUCCCUUGAAUCCCAUUAUGGAGGUAUGGAAUGCCGCAAAGGACCUAAUCGAUGGUGACAAGCCAGAGAACGCUCGGGUUGCUGGAUGGAGGCUGCUGACCGAGUGCGUCAAAGACACGUCUGCCACGGAUUUUGAACGGAGAGAAUAUUUCCGGACUCUGACUGCACAAACCGCCCACCCCGACGACUUCCCUCUGCAGCUAGAAGCAUUAGAAUAUCUCACCAACCGUGGUCGGAACGUCGCGGGCUUCUACUACGACAUUUUUCCCUUACUGACUGUGUGGCUGGCCAAUACCUUCGAUGCUGCCAGACUUGCUAGGAGGGCCAACAAAUCGGCCAAGGGAAAGACUCUAGUGACAGUCGAGGACCAAAGUUUCUCGCGCUUAUUCGCCCUCAUCCGAGAUGUUGUCAAGUUCAACUUCAAAUACGCCUCGGACGCUGCCGUUGGUCGAUUGAUGGACAACCUGCUAGAAAUAUGUAACAGGACAAGCCAAGAAGAUGAUCUGGCUGCUUGCAUCAGCGUCAUUGAUGCCAUGGUCACCUUUGGCUCGGUCCCCAACGGAAAACUGAAAGAUUGCAUUCAGGUCCUGAGCUCCAUCCAUUGUUUGGUUCCCAGCCGGCAAAAGGAUGCUUGGCAUACGCUCUCUAAUAUUUGCAAGUCGCAUCACGGUCAAUCCACCGUAAGGAUUCUGUUGGACGUAUUGCGCAACGCUCCGGCUGCUCCUGACAAAGAAAGGGAUAGGGACGUGAUCCGGGAUAUCAGAGGUGCGCUUACCGUCUUGAAGAAGCUUCUUGGGAAAUCUGCCGAAAAGGGCUAUCCAGGUGUUCCAUUGGCGCUGCUGGUUGACGGACUGGCCAACGUCUGCACGAGUAGUUCCUCUAGGGUCUCCACUGAGAUCCUGAGGCUGGUCAACUCUCUGUUCGACGAUGGCGAUGGAAUCAUCAAUCCUCUGAUCGCCGAAGAGCACUGGUCGCCAAUCUUUUCCGUGGCUGCUCAGUGUGCCGCUAAGAGCGUCCCGUCGGCCCUGAAAGAUGUAGAUCCGUCGAUCCCGCAAUCAUCCGCUCCGAAAGACGAUUCUGAGGGCGGGGAUAACAUCAACUAUCAGCUCAGAACAUUCAUCAAUCGCGUCGAAAAGCUGCUGACGGAAGAGAAAACCGAUUUCUUUCAGCGGGAGGAGUGCAUGAGAUUCCUUGCCGAGGUGCACCACGUCCUGCCGGAUUCUGCUGCGGCACUUUUGCUUGAUCAUCUUAAAAAAUUUCGCAGCUGCUAUCCAUCCGAAGUCGACUGGAAGAAGAACCUUGAGCUUGUCUUGGAAGGCAUCUAUCUUGAUCGGGGUCGCUCUGCGCCGACUCGCAUACAGGCUCUUGCGAUGGUCAUCGAAAUUUACGAUUUCCUCUGCCUUGUACGGGAUCUUGUAGAAGAGGAGAGUAUCUUUGAUCUCGUCAAACGAGUGCUAUCCGGCAUGUCCGUGGAGACUGAUGCAGUUGUCCUACAGGAAACUGUCACGUUCAUGGUCAGGGUUGCCGAGACAGCUGGAGCAGAGCAAUUUGACUUCAUCUUGGACACUUUCAAAAAUAUAGUCUGCAAAGAGGCGGAUGAGCCAACCCCCUCGACAGGCGUCCAAAAGUUUAGCGGUGCGCAACAGAUCUCCAAUCAACCUUCCGAGGUCGGCGGUCAAUCUUUACCCAACGUUGUGACGAAAGGGUACGUUCAGAUAUUCAUGAAAUCAAUGGAUGUUGAUGCAUUGAAAGCGGUCAAAACGUUCAAUGCCCUCGUCCAUAUCGCAGGCUCAACCACCUGUGAAACAGAUGCUCGUUUAACGGCGAUGAAGCUCUUGUUUCGCCUUAGAGCGGAUUUUGAGUAUCGCGUUUACGUCACUCCUCAUGUCGAAAAUGAAAGCAUUGCUGCUAGUAUUUACAGAACCGAUGCGUCGUUUGCGCGUAAGGCAGCCGAAGACGCAGCUCAUCCACCCCGUCUUGGAAGGCUAGAUCAAGCCGGGUUCCCUCGAACACCGAUAAGGGGUGCAUCAUAUACGCCAGGACAGACAAUGGAGAGGUCCGGGCCUAUCAGACCUUUGCAGCACCCCAGGCAAAUGCCAUACCAAGGACAGCGAUUGUGGUCCUUGCCCGAUCCAGAGGCCUUGCCGGAGCUUCCUCGGAGUACGCCAAGCCAUCUCCUCUUUUCAUAUACCGAAGGCGCGGAUGGUGAGGCAUCGACGAAGGCCUCAAACGCGGUUUUGAAAAUGAGUUCUUGGUUGAACAUUGUGCUCAAUAUCUUCCACCAGGGAUCCGAUUGGGAGAUUUAUAGCUUUAUUCUCGCACAUUUGCCGGCACAGCUCAGUGAUCACCCGAUAUUCCAGGAUGCCAUCCCGCAAUUACAAGAACUGCGAGGACACAUCUGUGAGGUAAUCCGGACCAACCGUUUUCAAGAGCCACCACUUGUGUCAGGUCUACGACGUCCAGAUGUCGCCAACUGUCUGUUCCACUCGCUCAUCAUGCUCGUCAGCUACCAUCAGCACUUCCAGAAGCUUGAUGAGGAUGAAAUCGUGAGAGCCUUCUUGCAUGGCAUUGCCGACAAGACGGCAAAGACUUGUAUACACGGUUUAUCAAUCUGCUGUUACGAGUUGCCCUUAUCCGUGAGCAAAUCCCUUGACAUGAUCCUCACAAGGAUGUCUCAAGUCAUCACCCAACCUUUUGUAGCGAUGCAUCUGCUCGAAUUUCUGGCUUGUCUAAGUCGGUUACCUGCUCUUUAUUCAAACUUCCGAGAUGAAGACUAUCGCGUCGUAUUUGGCAUUUGCUUUCGUUAUCUUCAAUACGUCCGAGACAAGAAGCAUCACGCUCGUAGCACGGCGCACAUGAGCGAGCCUUCAACGCCCAACAUUAUUGUAUCCGGUAGUUCGGACUUUCUUGCCCAACAGGCCAUUACGGACGACCUUCCUCAGUACGUAUACGCGCUUGCGUAUCAUGUCAUUACGUUCUGGUUCUUGGCAGUCAAGAUGCCCGAUCGUCUUGGCCAUAUUAGCUGGAUUGCCAAAAACUUGUUUACCGACGUCGAUGGUAGUGCCAGUAACGAGGAGCAAGCUCAGAUUACUCUCGACUUCAUGCAGCGUGUGGCAUUCUCAGACGCAAGCGAUUCGGCGCAUGAUCCCUUGUUCAACAGGGAGAACUUUGGUGAGAUUCAACAAAAACGAUGGAUUAUUGGAAACAGCAUCGUCACAGUCAAACAAGCGAAGGAGUCGGGCUGGGCCGAGAUCACAAGGCGAUACCCUUCAGGAACGUCGUCCUAUGCAGUUCGGGUUGAAUUCACACCGAUGACAGCCCAGCGCACUGCAGAGAGCUCCGACGACGCAGCUUGGGAUGGACGUUUUCAAAUGGGCACAACUCUGCUCCCCAGUCACGUCUUCCUGCAGCUCUUGGCUCCUAUGCCGCAGAUGCCUGAUCCAGCAGCUCGUCCAGUUCCCUUGCCGGAUGAAGAGGCAGUCGAUCGGGCUAUUCGUUUGUUUGACAGAAACUCGGCCGUCGAUGGACACAAGGUUGGAGUGAUCUACAUCGGUGAAGGGCAGACAGAUGAGGUUGAGAUACUGGCGAAUACUAUUGGCGGACCUGAUUAUCACGAAUUCCUCGAUGGCCUUGGCGUCUUGACGCGGCUUAAGGGGGCGAACUUCAACACCCAGGGACUGGACCGGGAAUACGGCACGGACGGCGAGUACACGUAUUGCUGGCGUGACAGAGUGUCGGAGAUCAUAUUCCAUGUGAUUACGCAGAUGCCUACAGACCUAGAACGCGACCCACGGUGCACAGCCAAGAAGCGACACAUAGGGAACGACUUUGUGAACAUCGUUUUCAACGAUUCCGGGUUGCCGUUCAAGUUUGACACGUUUCCUUCCCAGUUCAACUACGUGUAUAUUGUGAUCACGCCAACUCCGCGCCACUCGUUUGCUUCGGCAAGACUAAUGGCAAAGCAACGGGAGGAGGAGGGCAGGAAAGCCCCAACGCCCUUCUACAUGGUGCAGGUCAUGAGCCAGCCAGGCUUCCCAGAGAUCUCGCCGGCCGCCGAGCCCAAGGUGGUCAGUCUCACAGCACUUCCAACAUUUGUUCGCCUGCUCGCACUCAACGCGUCAGUCUUUUCGCAGAUCUGGGCCACCAGGGAGGUUGGUGAACACAUCUCACCUUGGCGCAACCGACUGCGGGAGAUCAACAGACUGCGCGAGCGCUACGGCCCAAAAUCAGCUCAUCAGCAGCCAAACCUGUCCCCGCCGCCUAACAUGCUUGGCGCAGGCGGCGGCGGACUGGGCUCGUCUGUGGUGACUUCCCCUAUGGCUUCGGGUGGUCAAGGAGGUGGCAUAACGCAGCAGUCAUUGCUCGGGCAGGAUAUCGGCGCGUCGAGACCGGUAAACGCUGUGAGGGAUAGCUUUACGAGCUUGCGCAGGUCUAGCGUGGCCACCUUCUUUACGAAUAACAGCACGGCGGACCCUACAUCACACCGGUCGUCGAUGCUGUCAACUACCACGCCUGAUACGGAGGUCAUGUUCCCGGCUCACGGAGCGGACGCACUGAUCGAGUCGGUUGAUUUCUCCAAGUGGACUUGAUAAUCUGGCUGAAUGCGAGGAAGGGAAGAAGCAGUGCUUGAUGGGGUAAAAACAAGAUAACAGACAUAUAAUGGUUAAUAUUGAUUACAAAUAGAUGGGAGGGAACGGGCGGAACACACAAAAUUCGCAAAGCAAUGAAAAUUUGAGAAGGAAAAGCAGACAAAACAAAUUCUAAUACAGGUUGGGUGGAUUGAUUGAUUGAUUGGAUGGGGUAUGUAUAGAUGGAGAGUGUGGCAGUCUGGUUUUGUAUGGGAGCGAAACAAAAGCAGAAAAGAAAAAACUUGAUGUGUGUAUCCAUGGGUGAAGCAAGUUCGAAAGUCUGCAUAUGGGAUCAGGCGGGAUUAACAUGGAAAAUGGAACAUGGAAAAUGGUUGAGGUUUGGGAAGUUGGUAUCAUGGGUGGGUUCAGAAGACCCAAAUCGGCGAGGAGUGUGUGGAAUGCAGGGGAUUCAAAAAUGGAGUAGUGAUAUUGAGUUGGCUCGCUCUGUUAAAAUGCCGGUUGUUGGUAGAAGCCAUGUCGGACGAGAGGUGAGGUAGUUUGGGGAUAGUCAUUACCUAGGAGCAGGCUAUCUCUAAGGAUCGCCCACUCAGUCGUUAAUCACCAAAAGUUGCUGUCUUUUCAUUUUCUGCUCACAGAGAACAAAAUUUGAAUACCGUGAACAGG